GCCUUCUCCCUCUACACCGCCGUCGCCACCUUCCAGCAGGUGGUGAUGCUGCUGUUCUUCGCCGUGGUAAGUUUCAACCCCACGUCGCCCUCGUUCCCCGCAUGGUACUUCGUGUCCAUGUGCACGCACGUCGGCCUGCUAGUGCUGCGGUUGGUGUACCUGUGCUACCGCUGCGAGGCUGUUGUUUGGGAGAUUCGCUUCUUCACUGUUCAGUUGAACGCGCAGAAACUUGGUUUCACCGCAUGCGGAUUCUUCCCCAUCAACUUCUCUCUUCUCCACUCGAUGGCAUUAAGCUUAGAGGCAGAAGAAGAAAAACUUUCUGAAUUAGUUUUUUGUCACAAUGAUGAAGGAAAUAAUUCUACAUAUGUUGUACGAUUUAAUAAGAUAAUGAAAAUCGACAGUUUACCUUUUAACGAAGGAUUUGUUAUCUAUACAAAAACGUAUCAUUUUUAUAGGUACAGAAGUGUGGUUUGGGGGAAUAAUUUAAAAUGCAAAUAUUUGACUAUCGGAGAUGAGCAUUGGAAUAAAUUCUUUCAGCAUCAAUUCUUUUAUGACAAAUAA